AUCAGUCUCGUCAGUGAAUCGCGUGUGUGCAGUACGCGAGUGUGCUUUCGUGCGCCGGCUAAAUGAAUAAAUAAUAGUGUGUUGUUUUUUUGCGCUAACACAAUUAGAACUAGAACAUAUGUGUAAACAGUGAAUUUAUAUUAUUUUUGUUUAUGAAUGUGGCAAUACAACAAGGAACAUAAUGAAAUUUUCUAAAAUAGCACGAGGAAAACAAUAUUUUUAAUAGAAAAAUUUGCAAAAAAUUUUAGUAUAAAAGAGUAAAAUACGAAAAAAUAAAGCCAAUGUGAAUACAAAAUUAAAAAAUACAACAACAACAAAUAAGGAUAAAAAACAACAACAAUAGUAGGCCGGACAAUAAUUAUAGCAACGUGAAAAACCUAGAGCAAGCAAAGUCACAGCAAAGAAAGCUAAUUACAACAACAAGAACAACGAAUAAGAAACGCACACACAAACUAGCCAACGCGAUUAUUUUACAACAAGCUACCAGCUACUAGAGCAACACCCUCUCUUGGCCACUGCAAUAGCAGGCCAACCGCCGCACUGCUGCAGCACACAAAUCAAAGGCAACGCAACAAGAGCAAAAACAAAAACAAAAACAAAUAAAAUAUGGAACGUCAUCGCACAUUGGAUUCAUCGAUGUCAUCACUUUAUUCCGGCUCGAAUGUCUCGAAUACACCCUCCGCACAUCGACAGCAACAAGACAACAGCUACAAUUAUCCGACCCUCUCGUCGUCCGCCUCGCCGACACCUAGCGCUGGCGGCACUGCCGGCAUUAGUGGUAUAGGCUUACUGACCGGCGCGUCCAGCACCAAUGCUAUAGCAACGGCUGGCGGUAGUAAUUCAACAAAUGCCACCGCCAGACAUGGCUCGGAAUUGAGUUUGUGCAGUGGCGAAGGCGGUGGUGGCGGUGGGAUGCGUGCCACCACAAUUGGCUCGGUGGUGGUGCGUUGCGGACCCAUACAGUUGGUGAUUGCGCUUUUGCAAAGUCCGGACAAAUUAUAUAUUAAGGUUGUUGAAUUAGAGCCAAAGAUCACAACAUUAGGCACGAAUCUCGAUGAGUCCAUACGCUUGCAGAGGGAUCACGAUGAGACUCUUAGGAAUAUACAGAAUCUACCCGGCCCUAUGGACGAAUUCGUACAGAAGGCAGACAAAUUGCUCGCCAGCAAGCGUAUCAGUUCCGAACUAGUCAACGCCAUGGCCGAUACGCUGAACAUCAUUUGGCAAGAUAUUUUGCAUUUAUUGCAAGACCGUCAACACAUACUCCAUCUCGCCACACAGUUGCAAGAGAAGAUGGCACAAUGUCAGCGGCGCAUGGACCAACUAGAGGUGGCUUGCAUCGAUACAAUGCUGCCCAUCGAAGUGGCGGCUGUGCAAGAGUUCCUCAACAAGUUCAAACAGUUACGCAUCGAUAUGCUGACAGCGGUAAUGGCGGCGCUGAAAGAUGGUAAUGAGCUGCUCGCACAGCUGAAGGAACUUGUAAAUUUAGAAACACUGGACACACGACCGGAGCAUAUCAAGCGUGAUGCCGCACGCGCCGUGCACCAGGUUCAGUUGUGGUUGGAGGCACUGCACGAUCGCCGCAAUGCUUUGGAGACUGCGUGGCAAACGCGUAAAGUACAGUUGGAACACUGCCUCACAUUGGCGUUGCUCGGACGCGAAUUGGACGAAGUGGAGGCUUCCUUACGACAGCAACGCAGUGAGGUCGACAGUCUCUUCAGUUUGGGCGAGUGCGAACACACGGCAAAUAAUGCUCUGCACAACUAUCGUGAAUGGAAACAGCAAGCUUUAUUGCUACGUGAUCGCGCACUCAAGAUCACGCGCGCCAAAGAAAAACUACAGGCUUCGGGUACCUUCACCGGCGAUGAGGCGUGUGCGCGCGCCUACAACGUCUUGAGCGCCUGCACCGAACACUUAGAUCUGGUGGAUCAGCGAGAACACUGGCUGCAGCAGUCACGUGACUUCUUUGGCAAGGCCGAAAAUACGCUUAGCGUGCUCGAGAAACUCGAAGUGGAGCUGGCGAAUGUGCGUCUGCCGGCCAACACGCCCGAGAGUUUUGCCAUGUACGCGAAGGUGACGCGUGAUGUGCGCAGUUUUACGGAGGAACCACUGCGACUCGGCUACAGUAUAUUAGACGAAGUUGGACGCACACAACCCGAGACACAGGGUGUGAAGCGUGUGCUUGACGAAAUCGAAAAUCGUAAGACAUACAUCGAAAGCAUUUGUUCGACCAGCAAUGAAGAUCAUCAGCGCGUACAGAAGGCGCUUGCGGACUUCCUCACACAGUACAAUGAUUUGCUCAAUUGGCUGAUGUCUUCGGGACAAUUAUAUUUGCAGCAACAUGUCGAUAUGGGCAACACCUUGGAACAGAGUAAACAAUUCCUAUUGCAACACCACGAACUCAUGCAGGAUUUGGAGAUCAAAGGCGAGCUCAUUAAUUUGUUACUUGAGUCCAUUAAAGCGCAUCUGGAGUCAUUGAGUCCGCAGCAGCGCUACGAUGUGGAUUCCAAGGCUGAGGCGCUCCACAAACAUUGGAUUGAGCUCAAGGAUUUGGUGCUGAAACGUGUCGAUUGUGUUUCCUUGCUCAUCGAGUUCUUCGAAAAAGCCAAUGAGUUGGCUAGUCAGCUGGAUAAUCUAGAUAAACAGCUAAAACAGACCGCAGAUGAGCAAAAGCUACAGUUUUUGCAAGAGAACUGGAAGCACGUACGCGCCGAUUAUGCGGAUUUGAAGAGUUUGGGAACACGUUUUAUCAAUUUGAAAAUCGUGGAUCCAUAUCUCGAAACGAAAUCCUCAGUGACGGCAGUCGAAGAUAUCCUCAACGGUUUCAGUAAGCGUCAAGUCGAUGUAACAACCAGUCUAGACAAUUGGACAACGCAAAUAGCGGAGAAGCGUGAAGUUGAAAUAAUACUGGAGAAAAUCAUGAGUGACAAUGAGGAGACGGCCACAAAGACAACGCAAGUGGAUACACAGCUGUAUCCAGUUUUCACUUCAUCCUCCCUGGACGCACGUCAAUUGCACACGAUCACCAGCGAUAAGCUGACCAAUGUGCUGCAGGACAUCGACAAGGCGCAGGACGAACUGCAGCAUCGCAUACACACCACACUCGCCAUACAAACGAAGAAUCCCGAAUCAUUGCAGAAAAUCGAACAGGUCAUUAGUAAUUUGCGUGCGCUAAAAUCCAAAUUGGAGGGCAUACGCUACGACUACAAGACACUGCUGGAGCAUAUACUCAAAUUCUUGACGGAGAUCACCGAACUGCAACGCAACAUCGAUGACUUUUUCGCCAAACAACAACAACAGCAGCAACAACAACAACAACAAUUGGGCAAUAGCAAUGAAUUGGCCGAUAUUGAGCGCAUCAUAGCGGAGCAUGAGAAAUUCCGCGAUACUUGCAUGGAUAAAUUUAGAUCGUUAAUCACACAAUCCGAACUGUUGAUCGAUCGCGUGCGUGCACUGGAACCGCCGGGCGCACGCGAAAUCGACACCGAUCGCAUACUGAAGCUGCUGGAGAAUUUGCGUAUUCAUUUCGAGGCGGGCAAUAGUGAGAGAAUGUCGCGUCUCGAGCGACUCGGCAAACUGGAGCAAUUCAAAACGGAUCUGUGCGAUAUUAAUCGCAGUCUGGAUAGUGUUAGCAAGCAAUUGCAUGAGAUCAAUGGACAAAGUGUUGACAGCUUGGCGGCGGCGAAGACAACAUCGUUGGCGUUCGAGUAUUUUGAGCGCACCAUUGAGAACUCAAUGCCAACAUUUUUGGUGCCAGUUAAGCAUCAGCUACGUUGGGGUCAUAAUAGUCAACCGUUGAAGCUGCUUGAGAAGCGUAUUGACAAGUUUACCGAGAGCACCACAGAACAGCUGUUGAUUACGAAUCCCGAAAGUCAAACAUAUGUACGCGAAGAACUACAAAAACUCAACGACAAAUGGCGACACUUCAAAGAUCAAGUGAAAAAUAAGCGCAAAUCGCUCGAUCAGGCGACGGAGUUCUUCGAAAAGGUGGAGAAGAUCGACGCCGAGUACCGCGAAAUCAGCUACUUCUACAACAGCGUCUCUAAUAAGAUCACAUAUUUACGCGAUCCCGUCGAGGCAACGAAUCUAGUCAAUGAUAUUGAAAAUUAUGUAGCGGUACGCGAAGGCCCCUUACUGGAUAAACUCGAACAAGCCGCAUUAUGCGCGCAUGAUAUGAAUAAAGUUUCGACGCUGUACAAUGAUGUACGCAGCAUAUUCCAAGCAUUUAUGAAGCUACGCUCCGAUAUUAGUGUGGUACAAGAUCGACUCAAGAAUGAGGAACGCCAGCGAGAACAACGUGAAAAGGAGGCGCGCGAACAGGAAGAGCGUGAACGCGCCGCACGCGAAGCUGAGGCUAAAGCGCGCGCUGCACGUGAAUCAGAAGAACGUGAGCGCGUAGCACGUGAGUUAGCUGCACGCGAGCAAGCGUUACGUGAGGAGGAAGCACGUUUGCAUGCUAUACGAGAGCAAGCCGCGCGCGAACAGGCCGCACGUGAGCAAGCAGCACGCGAAGAAGAAGCGCGUCUGCAAGCGCUGCGCGAACAAGCACAACGCGAUGAGGAAGCGCGUCUGCAGGCACUACGUGAACAGGCUAGACGUGAAGAAGAGGCGCGACUAGAGGCAUUGAGACAGGAAGAGGCACGCUUACAAGCGCUGCGUGAGCAAACAAAGCGCGAAGAGGAAGCGCGACUGCAAGCGUUACGCGAACAGGCUACGCGCGAUGAAGAGGCGCGUUUGCAAGCACUACGUGAGCAGGCUAGACGUGAGGAGGAAGCGCGUUUAGAGACAUUGCGUAAGGAAGAGGCGCGCCUGCAAGCGCUACGUGAGCAGACCAAGCGCGAGGAAGAGGCGCGUCUGCAAGCGUUACGCGAACAAGCAGCGCGUGAGGAAGAAGCACGUCUGCAGGCUUUGCGCGAGCAAACGAAACGUGAGGAAGACGCGCGCUUACAAGCGCUGCGCGAACAAGCAAAACGCGAUGAAGACAAUCGCUUGUUGGCGCUGCGUGAGCAAGCCACACGUGAAGAGGAGGCGCGUUUGCAAGCACUACGUGAACAAUCGAAACGCGAGGACUUUGCGCGUCUGCAAAGCGUACGCGAUCAAAUCGAUCAUCAGCGCAUUGUUACGGAAAACAUACGUAAAGACAUACAAGUUAACGAAAUCUUUACGGAAAUCAAAUAUGUCUCGCCACGUUUCAAUCGCCAACUGAAGGAUGCCAUCACACGUGAGGGUGACAAAUUCACCUUCGAAUGUGAGGUGGUCGGCAAUCCAGAACCAGCUGUGGAGUGGUUCAAAGAUGGCAUAUCCAUACAGAAUAAUCCUGAUUAUAAAACCACUUAUGAUCGUGGUGUUUGCCGUUUAGUGAUCGAAGAAACUUUCACUGCUGAUUCGGCGCGUUUCAGUUGUCGCGCUUCGAACUUGGUGGGUAGCAAUGAGACCAGCGCCAACUUGUCGGUGCGUGAGAAUGCGAUUGAAAUGCAAAUGGUGCCACCCAGAAUUGUGCGUUUCCUCGAGAGUGGCAAGGCAACAGAGGGCAGCACAUUUGAGUUCUUAUGUGUCGUCAGUGGAAAUCCCUUGCCCACAGUGCAAUGGUAUAAAAACGAUAAAUGUAUUGAUGAUUCACCUGAUUAUGUAAUCAAUUAUAAUAAUGGCGAGGCUACGCUGCGCUUCGAAGAAGUUUUCUUGGAAGAUGAUGCUGUCUACACAUGCAGUGCUUCAAAUCCUGCCGGCAUUGAACACUGCUCGGCGAGCUUAAUUGUGGAACCUCUGGAACCAACAGAAGUACCCCACUUCAAAAUACCACUCUCCAAUGCCAUGGCUCGAGUCGGUCAGAAAAUUAAGCUAGAAGCUCUUAUCGGUGGUAUACCACGACCAGAUAUCUUCUGGAUGCACAAUGGCAAGCCUUAUGUACCACGAGACAGCAAAUACGAGUACGGCCGCGCAACGCUCAUAAUCCCCCAAGCUUAUCCCAACGACGCCGGAGUGUAUGUGUUAACGGCGAAGAAUUUAGCAGGCGAAGCAUAUAGUUCGUGUAACGUCGUCGUUAAAGGACGUCUGCCGAACGAGACAUCCGAUUCGGAGAUGGCCUCCGAUAUGGAACCGAUUAAACCCUCGGUACAGUUGCCACUCAAAGAUGUGUCGAUAUUCGAGGGUAAACCAGUGCGUUUGGAUUGUGUGAUUGUCGGUCAACCGGAACCCGAAGUUAUUUGGUAUCACAAUGAACGACCAGUCAAAGAAUCAGCCGAUGUGCAAUUACUAUUCCAAGGUGAUCGUUGCUCGCUGAUCAUACAAGAGGUGUAUCAAGAGGAUGCAGGCAAUUACAAAGUAGUGGCUAUCAAUUCAGCUGGUGAGGCGUCGAGCAGUUGUGAACUCAAAGUGACACCACUAAAUAUUGCCGAGCCUGCGACGCGCGCACAAUCCGAGCGUCAAUCGGUGCCGAAGGAAACACUGCCGAAAUUCGAUAAGUUCCUAACCGAUGUGCUGGCGGAUGAAGGUGAAACGGUUGAGAUGGAGGUGUGCGUCAGUGGUGAUCAACCACUCACUGCCAAGUGGUAUUUGGCCAAUAAGGAGUUGUGCGAAAGUGAACGUCUCUCGAUGAGUGCAAAUCCGGCGGUCGGUGCCUUUAAAUUAAUCUUACAAAAUGUGGUGUCCGACGAUCGUGGCGUCUAUACGGUGAAAGUAUCGAAUAACGCGGGUGAUGCGAAGUGUUUCUCGCAAUUGAAUGUGAAGAGCGUGAAUGCGCCAGAAAAUCAACGCACUCAACAAGUGGAACCUGUUGAGAAGUUGACAUGCCCCGAAUUCAAGGAACUCUUCUCGGACAAACAGGCUUACGCCGACGAUAUGGUGAAGUUCGAGUGUAUUGUGAAGGGCAAGCCGACACCCAAAGUGCAUUGGUGCUUCAAUGAUCAGCCUGUAAGUGGUCAUAACUUCCUCGUGUCGACCAGUGGCGAUAGACAAGUGUUGACGAUACAGAAGGCCAGCAUUGAUACUGUGGGUAAAAUAAGUUGCAUCGCCGAGAAUGAGAUUGGUAAAGCCACCUGUGCGGCAUAUUUGAAUCUACUGGGUCCCGGCAUGCCUCUACUGCCUGCCACUAGUGAUCUACAGACCUCCACACAGGAACACAAUACCGAAUCGUCGCGUGUCACUAUCAAGAAGCAGACCUUCACCACCACAUCCACGUCACAAAUUAGCUCAUUCGAAGGUAAUAUGCCGCAAACGGAGAUCCAUCAUUCCUCGGCGCAUAUCGAUCAAUCGUUAAAACAAUUGGGCGCACAACAACCCGAAGUCAUUGAGACACAUCACUACCAGGAGCUGCACAAGAGCAAAGACAUGACAACGCCAAAUGUGCAACAGAAAUCAUUUAUACUCGUGCAAUCGGCUGGCAAUGGACCGAGUAGUCAGCAGCCUGCUAUAACCGGCACAGCUGGUGUGGCAGUGCCUGAAUCACCGACGCGCCUACGCAAGCAAAUAGCACCGCGUUUCACCACCCCACUGACCGGUAAGAUUGUCGAUCAGGGCACAGAUGUGGCAAUGGAAGCGAUCUACGAUGGUUUCCCCUCACCCGAAAUCAAAGUGCAGAAGAAUGGCGAACAACUGUUCGAGAAUCAACGUUUGAAAAUCGAAAAUCGCUGCAAUCGCGUCAGCAUCGAACUGAAGCAGGUGGGUGUGGCAGAUGCGGGACGCUAUGCAGUCACCGCCACAAAUACAAUGGGACAAUCAACGAGCACUGCCGAUCUAGUUGUGAAAAAAACCAUCUUCCCACCUGUCUUUGGACGACGCCUACAGGCGCAAGUUGUAAAACGCGGUGAAAAGAUCAUAAUGGAAGUAGAAGUAACUGGUUUACCCGAACCAACGGUAAUAUGGAUGAAGGACGAUAAACCAAUACAAGAAGCGGGUGUGUCACAGCAUCGUCUGCUAUCGCAAGGCAACUCUUAUAAGCUGAUUAUCGAGAAAGGACAAUCCAGUGACUCAGGCAAAUAUAUGGUGAAGGCGACAAAUGCUGGCGGUGAGGCCAAAAGCAUUGCCGAUUGUGCGAUACUGGAACCAUCGCCAGAACGUCUACAGGAGGUCGUUAAGACUAUUGUCUACGAAACACCAGUCGAUCUGAAAACCGAAACCUUCGCUAAAGAGCCACCGUCCUUUGAAACGACACAAACCGAUAUUUCAACCGCAUCCGAUUUGCAUGGCUUAUCUGAGUCGAAAAUAGUAACUGAGCAUCGUUGCACCACCGAGGCAACAAUGCGUCUAGAACACAAACAAGCGUACUUAGAUCUGCCCACAUUGAGUGAACGCCCGAAGACGCCAACCGCAGCGACAAACAUUAGCACCAACACCGAACUGCCCGAUUGGCAGCAUCUGAAAUCGGUAUCGACCAACACUGACAACACACGCUCGAAAACCGGCUCCACACAAACACCACCGCAAGUGCCGCCCAAACCCUAUACAACAGCUAACAAUAUUGCCCCAAUCCCAACAACCCAGCAAACGCAAUUCCAAUCCACGCUAAGCACAGAACUCGACGGCGGUUACAAGGGUGUAGGUGAAGCGCCAUUACUGACAUCAGCCACCUCGUCGACGUCCACCUCGAAAUACGAGAGCACAACGAGUGAGAAGAAAUCCUCAUCUUUCGAUUUCUUUAAGAAAAUCGAGAGUCAAGGUGGCACACAACCAGCGCCACCUGGCGAAAGAUAUCAGAAACAGGAGGUUUAUGCUAGUAACAAGCGCACGACGCCACUUACGAUCACCAGACCGAGCGGUCCAACCGCACAGUCGGCAACACUCGAAGACGAUCUCAAGAAUUUGAAUCUCAUACCCGGCUCACCACCAGAAAUAUGCUUUAUACCGAAGUUGGAUGCCGUCACAAACGACAAACCACAAAUGAUAAAUGAUCGCAUUAAAAUAUUAGAAGCAUCACAGCAAUCACCAAAAGAGCCACCGACCGGGGGUAUACGCACAUUACCCGUAUUGCCUGUCUCACAGACAUUUAAACACGAGUCCACCAUCUCGAAGGAGGUGAAAGUUGAGUAUGGACAACCGAUCAUACGGCCGGCGGCUACACUGCCAGCACCACAACAAUUCACACGUUCACCCUCGCCUAAACCGUCGGCGGAAGGCGUGGCCAUGUCUAAAUUGUGGACACCAAAUCAUUUGAGCGGUUACGAGAGUUGCACAAGUGAUAUCGAACAAAGGUAUAAAGUGGAAACGGAAUCCGAUGCGAAGGAGGAGAAACGCGAGAUCAGAGUACAGAAAGUGCCAACGCCAGCGCCCGAAUUGAGCGCACCAUAUCUCGUGAAGGAAAUCAGUAAAGCGAUUAAUAUACCAACAACGCAGCAGCGUGAGAAAACACCACUGGAUGAUAUACACUUGGUGCCCGGUUCGCCACCAGAGAUUUGUUUUGCGCCAAAACCGGAAGAGCGUCGUCAAUCCUUAGUGGAGAAAAUGGAGAAAACUUUAGAGCAAAAUCUGCAACAAGGCCCCACAAGGGUUUUGCCAAUGUCAGUGCCAACACUCACACCCUCAGCGGCACCACAAAUCGCCAAAACAACAAGCACUUACAAGCCACCACCGCCUGUAAUUCCAACAAAACUGACGGUCGGUCAACCCUAUGAGAGUGACUACGAAAGCGAUCGUUGGAAGUAUAGUGGCAGUGAAUCGGAUGAGGCCUCAUUCCGACCGGUUGGUAAGAGUGUACCAGACGGUGGUGUGGUCAGUACACCAAAUGUGCCCACAACUCAUCACGCAUUCAAGACAAGUGGUUAUGCCGCCGAUACUGAAGAGAUUUCCAGUUAUCGUAAAAUGGAAUCGACCCAUCAGGAGAGUCGUUCAUUUUACGAAUCAACUUCCAGUUCGAAAUCAUCACAUCAAGUGUCGAAUGCGCCACAAGCGCCCAUGACAUCAGUGUUUAAAAUACCAUCGCCACAGCAACAACAAUACACACCACAAGCAGCACCAGCUCCAGCACCGGCGGCAACUCAAACCUACUAUCAGCAGCCGCCAUUGGAGAAGCAACCGCCAGCUCCGCUUUAUUACACCAGCAAGGAAGAGGGUGGCCAUGAGAAGCAGGUGUACUCGGACAAGAAUGAGUACAGGCGUGAGGAGAAGGACUACAAGAGCGUAUCGAGCAUGAGCAGUAGCUACUACAACGCUUCCAACAUCAGUAAUAUCAGCAAUAUUAGCGCACCAAAAUAUCAGGCAGCGCCUUUGAAGACGCCAACACCGACCAUCACACCCAUACCGGCACAGCGUAAAACGCCAGCCGAAUUCAGCGAUUACAGCAGUGAAGUCGAGGAGCGUUUCCGCUCCGUCUCGCGCACACAAGAGUCGGACAACGAGAUCAAGGGUUAUCGUGUCGUCUUUCCACCUACACCAACACCAAAGUCCAAUCUGACUAAUGGACAUAAAUCGCCAGCAGUUGUGGUGACACCAUCGCCCAUGGAAUUCGAGCCCACACCGUCAGCGGUGAGCACUUAUCCGCGACAGAAGUUCGAGCCGAUCAAGAAAGAAAUACGACAUGAGAUCAAGACCGAGUCGAAGGAGCAAAAGCAAUACUUCCAGCAACAAAAAACGCAACAACAACAGCAGGUGUACAAACCAAAACCAGUUGCCGCCAAGUUCAUUGCUGCCACACAACAGCAACAACAACAGCAGCAGCAGCAACAACAGCCGAAAUAUGAGCCACGCGCACAACCAGCGCUUUACUACAACGCCAUCGCUGGCACACCACUGCAUACGGCUAAAAUGGCGACCGAAACGAAAAAUGUAAUGCAUAUGAAAGAAUCUUCCGAAACUUGCCAACGCGUGGUGAAUAUGCAACAGACCAAGCGCGUCAUACACUUCGACAGCCAGAAGGAGCAACAGGAACGUCAAAUGAGCACACCACUCGAGCCGUUCCCGUACAGCCCAUCGCCGAGUCGCUAUACGCCAACACAACGUGUGCCACCGCCACCAACACCGACCAAAUUCGUGCCAGGCGAAUUCCGUGAGACCGACUAUGAUAGCGAAAUAGAGAAUGCCAAGAUGCGUCCACUUUGGACGCCACAGGGUGAAAAUGGACCGCUACGUUUCAGACACGUCGAACCGCCGCAAAUGGGACGCGCCUGCAGUGUGCCACGCGCUUACGAACGUGUACUCUCACCAAUGGAAUUCGAUCGUGGUCCAGAAAUGCCAGCGAAAAUAAAAGUCGACGCCAAUGAGUUGCGUUCACAACGUGGUAGUAGUCUCAGUGCUGCCGGCACCACGAGCAGCCAGCGUACGCAAUCGCUUAACCGUCACUCGUCCAUGAAGAGCAGCACCACCAGCUCUAGCUAUCAACAGCGUUAUCAGACCUUGCUGCCCGAUACGACGGUUGUCGAAAAACGUUUUCCACGUGACGAUAUGAAUUUGAAAGUUGGAUCGCCACCGAAAUACGGUUACAUACAGUCGCACAUCGAUCAGCAGGGCAAGCAGAUGAGUUCGACCUUCUUGCAAAAAUCACAUCAGUUCAUCAGUGACAUCACCAGUGAUCUGCAGCAAAAGAGUAGUAAGACUACGAAAAUAUAUAAUGGCAGUGCUGAGCCGAAGGUCAUUACGCACUCCUUCCGACCGGGUUUCAAGCGUGCGCCCAGCGAGGGUGACAACAAACCGCAAGCCUAUCGCGAUGAGUCGCGCGUCUCGCAAUACGGUACAAAAUGUGUCGAUCCCAACACCGGUCUAAUUUACUUUAAAUAUGAUUUCGGCUAUGAGUUCGGUAUACUCUUCCCGGGCGAGGGUCACAAAUUCGUAAGCAACCAAUGGAAUAGCUCUUCGUCAGCACUGCCACCGCGACACGCCACCGGCACACCCACUCAACAGCUAUCACAGGGUGGUCGUAAAUCACCAUAUCCCUUAAGUGUUGGCGAUGGUGAGCUCGUCAUACCGGUGCAACAUGAACGCACCACGGCAGCCACACCGACGCGCGCCUUCACACCGACACGCCUUAAUGUACCGUAUGCGCGUCCAUCAUCCACACAGAGUGGCUAUCACUCUGACACCGCUACUGGGAGUCGUCGUAGCCCAGCGCCGGCGGGUGUGCGUGUCGGCGGUGCAAGUGGUGUGCAUAGACUCAAGAAACGUUAUAGUCUACCCAACACACAGGUUAUCGAUAUAAAUAUCGAUCGUCUACAUGAUAAUGAGCCAUUGAAUCGUCUAACGUAUUUAAAUUCAGCAACAGAACUGCCAUCGGAUGUACCGGUUAAUGCACACCUCAAUCGCGACGAUUACCCUAAGCGUGCGCCACAAUUCAUAACGCCACUGAAAGAGCACGCCGUUAUGUUGGGUCAAUGUGCACGCUUCGAGUGCAUCGUACAAUCACAUCCACCAUCGGAUGUGAUCUGGAGUCGCAAUGGCGUCGCAUUACAGAAUAGCGCUAAGUAUGCUAUUGAGUAUCGUAACGGUGUCUGUCGUUUGACCAUACCACAGGCAUAUCCAGAUGAUGCCGGUGUCUACGCCUGCACCGCCGCGAAUCCUUUGGGCACAGCCAUCACCUCCGGCCAGCUACUCGUGCAAGCCAAGCGUUUAUGAAGCGAUUUCAAGGCAGUAAAUUGAGAAAAAAAUUUGGACUAAGUACACAGUGCAGACUGUGUGGAAACUAUCUUUAUCUAUGAUUAAUACGGAUUAUGCUAAAGUUUUGCGUAAUUUUCAUUAUAUUUCUAAGCAGUUAGUGGAGGAAAAUGUUUCAAUGUAUUAAAUGUGCUUCAAAAUCUAGCGGAAUGCAGGACACAACUAUAUAAGUUGGUGUUUACUUAUGUGUUAGUCAAGGAUAUCUAAAUUAAUUUCACUUUCUUCAGUGUCAAAUGGAAAAUUUCGUAUUUCUUUGCAAUGAAAAAAAUACUCAAUUCUAUAUACUUAUAAAUACAUACAUACAACGAGCAGAGAAGCUAAUUGUAUUACGCAGCUGUUAAGCCGAUUUGAAAUUGAUUGAAUAUAAAUUUAUAUUUAUGUGCCGAAUUUGUCAUUAUUUAUGCUUAUAUAACAAUAGUAUUACAUGUGUUUUUAUGAUUAUUAUUAUUACUAUUAUUUGAAUAAAUUAUUCGUGGAACUUUGUUUUGAGAAAAAUAA